ACUGGGGAGAUAAGGGGAAGGGAAGAGGAAGAUAAAGAUGGGUGCCUUUCCUUAACCCUAACCCUCUCCCUAAUAAAUAAUCAAGAAAACACAUCUUGUUAAUUAAUCUAUGAUGAGGGACAGCAACCCCCCGCUUACCACUUCAUUUAAAAGAGCGUGACGAGCUGUCGGGGUGGUGACUCUUGGACUACCCAAACCAACUCUCUCUUCUUUGAGAGGUUAAACAUAUAUGUACGGCGACUUUUUGCCUCUUCGCACACUCCAAAAGCCUAUUCGCCGAAAGCCCACCAACGUUCUCUCUCUCUCUCUCUCUCUCUCUCUCUCUCUCUCUCUCAUCCUCCGAUCUCUAUGGAUGAUAUCAUAAAAUCCCCUGCUACCAGUUCUUCCCUACCAUCAAAGGGUUGGGAUUCGACGCAUCACUCAUUCAUCAGACUCUCAGAUUUAGAUUUCCUGCAACACACAUCUGUUCUUCGAGAUGUCUUCUUCGUCGCUGCAAUUUGUGGCACCUACAGUUCCUUCUACUCAUCGGCGGAGGAGAGUAAGGGUAACACCGUUUGCGGCGGCAGCCGCAGCUGAUGAGUCAAGGCUGGAGCCAAGAGUGGAAGAGAAAAAUGGGUAUUGGGUCUUGAAAGAGAAGUUUAGGGAAAAGAUAAACCCACAGGAGAAGUUGAAGAUAGAGAAGGAACCCAUGAAGCUCUUCAUGGAAGAUGGAAUCAAAGAGCUUUCCCAGAUCCCACUCGAGGAUAUUGAGAAAUCCAAGCUUUCUAAAGAUGAUAUUGAUGUUCGUCUCAAGUGGCUUGGCCUCUUCCACCGCAGAAAGCACCAUUAUGGUAGAUUCAUGAUGAGACUGAAGCUGCCCAAUGGAGUGACAACAAGCGAACAGACCCGUUACUUGUCAAGUGUAAUUCGAAGAUACGGUAAAGAAGGAUGCGCAGAUGUGACGACCAGGCAGAACUGGCAGAUCCGUGGGGUUGAGCUUCCACAUGUCCCGGAAAUCCUCCAAGGCUUGGCCCAAGUGGGUUUGACCAGUCUCCAGAGCGGCAUGGACAAUGUAAGAAACCCAGUUGGGAACCCACUUGCAGGCAUAGAUCCACAUGAGAUAGUCGACACUCGCCCUUACACCAACCUCCUCUCCCAUUUCAUCACCGGAAACUCUCAUGGCAACCCUGCUCUCACUAACCUGCCAAGGAAAUGGAACGUGUGUGUGGUGGGUUCUCAUGAUCUGUUCGAGCAUCCACAUAUUAAUGAUCUUGCUUACAUGCCGGCCAUCAAGGAUGGACGCUUUGGGUUUAAUCUGCUCGUGGGUGGAUUCUUUAGCCCCAAGCGAUGUGCGGAGGCAGUGCCUCUAGACGCAUGGGUCUCAGCUGAGGAUGUGAUCCCUGUCUGCAAAGCUAUACUGGAGGCCUACAGGGACCUUGGUUACAGAGGGAACCGCCAGAAGACAAGAAUGAUGUGGUUGAUUGAUGAACUCGGAAUUGAGGCGUUCAGAUCAGAAGUUGUGAAGAGGAUGCUGUCGGGAGAAGAGCUAGAGAGAGCAUCAGAGCAAGAACUGGUGCAAAAGCAAUGGGAGAGGAGAGACUACCUGGGAGUCCACCCACAGAAACAAGAGGGCUUUAGCUUCGUGGGUCUCCAUGUCCCUGUGGGUAGACUUCAGGCCGACGACAUGGACGAGCUGGCUCGUCUGGCAGAUGCGUAUGGCUCCGGUGAACUCCGUCUCACAGUAGAACAGAACAUCAUAAUUCCCAAUAUUGAGAAUUCCAAGCUAGAGGCCUUGCUCAAGGAACCCCUUUUGAGGGAAAGGUUAUUGCCUGAACCUGCAAUUCUCAUGAAAGGAUUGGUAGCCUGUACUGGGAACCAGUUCUGUGGUCAAGCCAUUAUAGAGACCAAGGCAAGGGCCCUGAAAGUGACGGAGGAGGUGCAGAGACAGGUUUCUGUGGCUCGGCCGGUGAGGAUGCACUGGACUGGCUGCCCCAAUAGCUGUGCGCAGGUGCAGGUGGCUGAUAUUGGGUUCAUGGGGUGCUUGACUAGGGAUAAGGAAGGGAAGAUAUGUGAAGGAGUUGAUGUUUACAUGGGUGGGAGGAUUGGGAGUGAUUCACAUUUGUGUGAUGUUUAUAAGAAGGGAGUCCCCUGUAAGGAUGUGGCAUCCUUGGUUGUGGACAUUUUGAUUAAUCACUUUGGAGCUAUUCCUAGGGAAAGGGAAGAAGAUUAGUGAUUAGUAAUUAUUUGAUUAAAGGGGAAGGGUUUUGUGCACAGCUGUGUAUGGUGCACGACCAUGCAAUAAGCCGUUGGAUGGACAUGAGAGUCAAUGGUAUUCUUUCCACUCCUGAUGGUUGUGUGAAUGGCACACAACCUUUUGCCUUCAAAUUUUUUAGUUUUCUCUGAUUAAUUUUAAGUUGGAGCUCGACCUGUGUAUCAUGUAUUGCUCUAAGCUUUGGUAUUGAUUGUUUGAGCCUUAGAAGAGGUCAACAAACAGAAGAAACUUUUACCACAAGAAACUAAUGGCAUUGUGGAAUUGCAAUCUGAUACAAAGAAGCGAUUGCAGAAAAGUCAAUGAUAUUUAACGUGGCUCUUAUGUAGUCCACAAGAAUAAAAGAUUAUGGAAAAAAAUGGUUAA